AUGUUUAUUUUGAUAAUUUUUUGUAAAAUAUUUGUAAAUCUACUGGUUUUUAUACAGCCGUUUUCUUCAGCAUCAGGAUUCCGCCCUAAAUUCCAUAAUAAUUUAAACACAUCAUUUAUUUUGUGUAAUUUUCGGGAAAAUAAUUCUAUAAAUGAUAAUUUCAAACAAGGUGUUAGCCAUUCAUUUAGUAUUCAGGAUCAUGCCUCCUUUCAGUGCAAUAAUGUAAGUGAGUUGGAUUCUGUAGAUAAUGAUUGCACUUCAACAGAUUGUAAAACUGUAAAUCCAUUGGAAAAAAAUUCUGUUACAAUUUCUGAAUUAAUUCAAUGUUUAAAUAUGUGCAAAGAAUCCAACACACCAAUAGGCGUGCCAUUUACAGUAAAUACUAGAGGAUAUGUGCAGGAAAUUAGACGCAUAAACUCACAAAAUCUUUACUUUAUUGACAUAAAUGACGGCUCAACGCUGGCAAACCUACAGAUUGUUGUAAACAAAGCGAAUAAUUUCAAGGAAUUAGAACUCCUUAAAAACGGAGAUCAUAUAUACGCAGCAGGAACAAUAGAUAAAAGAAGAGGAGUGCCCUCAGAAAGAUCACUAUCGGACUUUGAUUUGUACAUUAAUCACGAUAAUCCAGAACAUAAAUUAAAAAUACAUAAAUAUUCUGAAAAUGAAUUAGAAAACCCAGUUAUCCCAAACAUUGAAUACUCAGAUGAAUAUCUGAGGAAAUACACACAUUUCAGAUUCAGAAACAAACAGUUUCGUUCAAUUAUCGGGAUCAGAAGUGCAAUAAAAUCAUAUAUUCAUGAGUUCUUUCAAAGCAAAAACUUCACUGAAGUAGAUACGCCGUGUUUAACACACAUGAAUUGCGAGAAUUUAGUCCCACUGACAUUGAAAACCGCGAGUGAUGGAACAAAUUUGGAUACUCUUGGUUCAGAAAAUACAGAAAAGAAUAUACCUGUAAACUUGAGUUCCACUGGACAAAUGGAACUGGAGUUUGCCUGCUAUGGUUUAGGAAAAGUUUGGAAAAUAGGACCUUCAUUCAGAGCUGAAAGAUCAGAUACGAUAAGACAUGCAAAUGAGUUUUGGAUGAUCGAGGCUGAAUUGCCAGAUGCAUCGUUAAAGGGAAUGAUAAACUUAAUUCAAGAGAUGGUUAGAGGAUGUGCAACCUAUAUACUCCAAAAACAUGGAGAUUAUGUAAACUAUUUGAAUAAUUUUAAUGAUAAAUACAAGGACUUUUUGGUUCACCUGGUAUUCCUUAGGUAUUUAAUUGAUUUUCAGUCAAAAGCUAACAUAAAACUCAUAACAUAUGAUCAAGCAGUAAAUAUUCUAAAUGAGACUGAUUCUGGUUCCGAUAAACAGGAUAAAGUGUUUGAAUGGGGAAAGAGACUUUCAGAGCCUCAGGAAAGGAGACUUCUUAAACACUUUGACAAAGAUAUUAUUGCAAUAACAAACUUUCCAGAAUCAAUAACACCUUUUUAUAUGAAGCGUACUGACGGAAGUGUAAAUUCCAGGAUUACGGUGGAAAAUUUUGAUAUUUUGGCACCGUUUGGGUACGAAAUAGCAGGAGGCUCUAUUAGAGAGCAUGAAUAUGAAGUUUUGAAAAGGAAGAUGGAUGAAAGAAAAGUUAGUGGAGAAGAAUAUGAAAAAUACAUUAAUCUCAGAAAGAACAUUUACUUGCCUCAUGGAGGAUUUGGGGUUGGAUUUGACCGCCUGGUCAUGUUAAUGACGAUGAAGGAAAACAUCAAAGAUGUGACACCAUUUCCUGUGACUAAAGUUUAA